AUGCCUCAUUCUCCAAACUCGAAGUAUGGCUCUCAUACCCCAGUGACCGCCGUCAUACAGAGCGCAGAACCUCCUCGCCUCUCUGAUUCAGAAUCAAACCCUAGAAAGAUGAACAAAGGGAUGGAAGUCACCGAGAAGGACUCAUCCAGCGCCAAUCGCGCGCCAUCGGUCGAUAGCGAACCAAUGGAAUCCACAUACGACCAUACCCAUCGCAAGCUCAAGCCCCGUCAUGUGCAAUUGAUUGGAAUUGGGGGAACAAUUGAUCGGGUCUGGAUUACGGACCAGUGGCCCCGCUAG